AUGUCUGCUGCAAGUAGUUUAAAUGAUCUUUCUUCAACAAUGUGGCCUGACGAAAUCUAUUCUGAGCCUAUCUCAUCAUCAUCAAAUAAUCAUUCAGAACAAUCAUCAACAACUUUCAAGUUUGCAACUCACUCUGGAGAACAUUGUACUAGUACAACAAUAUCAACAAUCUAUGAUGUUGGUAAUGGUGGAGCUAGUGAUGAUCCACCUUGUUCGUCAUACACAGUUGUCAACGAUCCUUCGCGCAAUAUAGCUACGCCUGGAAUGGGUGGUGCGUGCGAUAAUGGACCAUUAUUCAACACAAAUAUUGGUGGUAGAUGGAUUCGAUUUAUGGGUAAAGGAGGUACUAUAAUACCUGUAACAUCACCAGGAAUGAAUCAUUGUAGUGCUUACCUAUCGGGAUGGUUCAAUGGAACGUUACCAUCAACAAUAGAAGCAAUAGUUAAUGGGUAUAUAUGUUUUGAUACAGUUGCCUCACCCUGUACAGUCCUUUCUCCUGUUUCAGUUGUGAAUUGUAACGGUUUUUAUGUUUAUUUUUUGCCACCUUUGAUUAUCUGUAAUUCACGUUAUUGUACAGUAUGA